UCUAUUGUAAAAUAUAAUAAUAAUUGUGGUCUCAAAAACUUUCUGGAUUUUUGGUCAAUUUUGUUUGUUAGUGUUUGUUUGGGCAUUCAGACAGGACCCAUCAUCAUAAGAUAAAAAGCGAAGGAAACCCUUCAGUUGAGGCACAGAGAAAAAAGUGAGAAGAAGAUGGGACAGGAUGAAGAGAACACAGCCGCUUCAACACCAUCCACCACGGACCAAGAAGAAGCUUGGAACCAAAAAAAGGAAAUUCUCAUACACGACUUGGCUGAGAAGCUUAUAAAUGGUGAUCUUCAGACUCAAAUAGAAGCUGCUAGAGAUAUUAGAAAAGUAGUCAAGAAAUCUUCUGUUAAAACAAGAUCAAAGUUUGCUGCUGCUGGAGUUUUACAACCAUUGGUCUUGAUGCUUGUCUCUUCUAAUCUCGACGCCUGUGAAGCCUCUCUCCUUGCUCUCCUCAAUCUUGCUGUUAGAAAUGAACGUAACAAGGUCGAGAUAGUGACGGCUGGUGCCAUUCCCCCGCUUGUGGAGCUUCUCAAGUUCCAAAACAGUAGUUUACGGGAAUUGGCUGCAGCAGCAAUAUUAACUCUCUCUGCUGCCGCACCCAACAAGCCAGCCAUUGCAGCUUCAGGAGCUGCACCUCUUCUAGUAGAGAUUCUCCAUUCUGGAAGUGUUCAGGGACAAGUGGAUGCAGUCACAGCUCUACACUAUCUCUCAACCUGCAAAGAGACUUCCAAUCCAAUCCUAAAUGCUACAGCUGUUCCCCCCCUUCUUAAACUCCUUAAAGAAUGUAAGAAAUAUUCUAAGUUUGCUGAGAAAGCUACAGCAUUACUGGAAAUCCUCUCAAAGUCUGAAGAAGGGCGAAUGGCAAUAAAAAAUUCAGAUGGUGGGAUUUUAACUCUAGUAGAGACAGUUGAAGAUGGAUCUCUUGUAAGCACAGAACAUGCAGUUGGAGCUCUGCUUUCUCUAUGCCAGAGUUGCCGGGAUAUGUAUCGACAACUUAUUCUUAAAGAAGGUGCAAUCCCAGGGCUUCUACGACUGACUGUAGAGGGUACCUAUGAAGCCAAAGAAAGAGCUCGGAUACUCUUAGACUUGCUCAGAGAUACUCCGAAGGAAAAGAGACUAAGUUCUUCUGUUUUGGAGAAAAUUUUUUAUGACAUUGCUAAACGGAUCGAUGGAGCAGAUAAAGCUGCUGAAACUGCUAAGAGGUUACUACAAGACAUGGUCCAAAGAAGUAUGGAACUCAGUAUGACACGAAUCCAGCAAAGGGCUGCAUCUUCCAAGAUUACAUCCACAUGAUAUAUCCUACAGCCUCAAGAAGGUAUUAUAAAAGAUAAAAGGGUGGAGUUUCAAUUCAAUAUAUAUUCUUCUGGGAUCUGUUAAAUCUCUUGCACCCUUUCUAGAUCACCACCCAAGUGAGUGAGAAUGAAAAGAGUAAAAUGUUGAUUUAUAUUUCAGGAGAAUGUCAUCCAUUUUGAGGUGAUACUGUAACCUCAUCCGGGUGUUGUAUAUGAUAAGUAUUAACAUUGAUCAUGUAUAUAUAUAAAAUCUCUUCAAGUUAUACCCACA